UGAACCACAUGUGUGGUUAUUGUUAAUCAUUAGACUCAGUGUUCUCAGGGAGACAUUUUGGCUUAGUUCAAGCACCUUGCAGUGUCCCCAACAGAUCGUGAACAGUGAAGAAAGCGUAUUCUCCUGACCCAAACGUCACUAGGGAUAUUUUCUUGGAGAAAGAUCGCGUCUGUGAUCAAGCAUGGCGCCAGCCAGUUCGUUCCUAGCGGCUUUGGGGCUUAUGGCAGUUACCUACAUGUCCAUGUGUGAGGCCCAGGGGACGCAAUCCUUCAUAGUGUAUCCGACAACCUGCUUGUACGGGGGCGGAGAGUCUUAUAGGGGAACACAGAGCACCACACAGGACGGUUUAACCUGCCAAGCGUGGGACAGCCAAACCCCUCACGAGCACAACUACAACUCUACGAGUUAUCCAAACGGUGGUCUUCAGGGCAAUUACUGUCGGAACCCGGAUGGAGAACCCCGGCCGUGGUGUUACACAACGGACCCUGGCGUCCGCUGGCAGUACUGCAGCAUACCUUCAUGUUAUGGACAAGAUGACUGUUAUACCGGAAGUGGACAUGAGUACAGAGGGACGGCUAACGUGGUGGCUUCCGGUCGAAAGUGUCAGCGGUGGGACAGCCAGUCCCCCCACCCCCACUCGUACACACCCAGCAGUCAGCCUAACGCCGGGCUACAGGAGGACUACUGUAGGAACCCUAGCCAGGGUACCCAGCCGUGGUGUUACACCCUGGACCCGGGGACGAGGUGGGAGUACUGCGGUUUGCCUCUCUGUGCUGAUCAGUGUUAUGUGCCGGACGGAGCCGACUACAGAGGAACCGUGGCAGUGACAUCAUCAGGCAGACGGUGUCAAUCAUGGAACAGCCAGAGUCCUCAUCAGCACAACAGGACUCCACAGAACUACCCACAAGCCGGGCUUACUAACAACUACUGUAGAAACCCUGAUGACGACACCAGUCCUUGGUGCUACACCAUAGAUCCAACUGUACGGGUGGAAUACUGUCCGCUUGACCUCUGUUCUGGCUGGACUGGAGACUUCAUUUUGGGUGAUGAUUUCACAGUCCAAACGACACAUUGUGUGAUUGGCGCGGGUUCGUCGUACCGUGGCACGCACAGUCAGACGGACUCCGGCCUGACGUGUCAGCGGUGGGACAGUCAGACACCUCAGCAGCACAACUACCGGCCGAGCAGUUAUCCUGACGCCGGAUUGGACGAGAACUACUGUAGGAACCCGGAUGGAGAGCCUCGAACGUGGUGCUUCACAACGGACCCUAGCGUCAGAUGGCAGUACUGCAGCAUACCAUCUUGCUUCGAUGCGUCGGAGUGCUAUGACGGGAACGGAGAGUCCUACAGGGGAGCCCGGAACGUCACGGAGUCUGGCCGCGCCUGCCAGCGGUGGGACAGCCAGUCCCCGCACCCUCACAGCCGCACUCCGGAGAACUUCCCGUCCGCCGGACUGGACGAGAACUUCUGUAGGAACCCUGACGGGGAGGCGGAACCUUGGUGCUAUACCCAGGACCCCAACACCAGAUGGGAGAGAUGUGCUCUCAACCCUUGCGUUGCACCGUCGCCAACUACAACAGUACCAGACUACUUUGAAAAGCCGACUAGUUGUUACUUCGGUGAUGGCGCCACCUACCGGGGCCAGGUUAGUACUACAGAGACUGGGAUCACAUGUCAGCGGUGGGACAGUCAGAGUCCGCAUCAACACAGCAUGGUCGCCAGUCACCCUAACUCCGGGCUGGAGGAAAACUACUGCAGGAACCCGGAUAGCGGAGACCGUCCCUGGUGCUACACAACGGACCCUAGCAACCGAUGGCAGUACUGCAGCAUUCCGGCUUGUUACCCUGGAGACUGUUACACGGGAGACGGGGCGGGUUACCGCGGAACCAUGUCUGUGACGUCCUCGGGCCGGCAGUGUCAGCCCUGGGGUAGUCAGUCUCCACACGCACACGACAGGACACCGCAGAACUACCCACAGGCCGGGCUGGAACAGAACUACUGCAGGAACCCAGACGAUGACACCAGCCCAUGGUGCUACACGGUUGACCCUACCGUCCGAGUGGAGUACUGUGCUCUCAGAGUUUGCGAUGAUACAGCAGGAGGUACUAUUAUAGGCCCAGACGGUGCCGUGUUUUCCACCACCUGUGCGUUUGGUGACGGUUCGGCGUACCGCGGUACGGUGAGUCAGACCCAGUCCGGCCUGACGUGUCAGCGGUGGGACAGUCAGACACCUCAGCAGCACAACUACCCCAGCACGUACCCUGACGCCGGGCUGGACCAGAACUACUGUAGGAACCCGGACGGGGAGCCCAGGACGUGGUGCUACACCACGGACCCUAGCGUCAGAUGGCAGUACUGCAACGUACCAUCAUGCUACCCAAACCAGUGCUACAGCGGAAACGGUGCGGACUACCGCGGGAGCGUGAACAUCACCCGGUCUGGCCGGGCCUGCCAGCGGUGGGACAGCCAGUCCCCGCACCCUCACAGCCGCACUCCGGAGAACUUCCCGUCCGCCGGACUGGACGAGAACUUCUGUAGGAACCCUGACGGGGAGGCGGAACCUUGGUGCUAUACCCAGGACCCCAACACCCGAUGGGACGUCUGCGUUAUUGACUCGUGUGAUCCAUCGGCGACACCUUUACCCUCAGCACAGUACCAAGUGUUCCCCAUCGACUGUUACUUCGGGAACGGGGAGACGUACCGCGGGCAGCAGGCUCGGACCAAGUCCGGUAUCCCCUGUCAGAGAUGGGACAGUCAGACACCGCACCAACACAACAUACCCGACAGAUACCCCACUGCGGGACUAGAUAGUAACUACUGCCGGAACCCUGACCAACAUGACGGAGGGCCAUGGUGUUACACCACUAACCCUAACACACGAUGGGAGGAAUGCGACGUUACAAAAUGCUACGACGACUGUUACCUUGGCAACGGUAGAGACUACCGCGGCAGGAUAAACGUGACGUCAUCAGGCCGGAUAUGUCAGCGGUGGGACACACAGACUCCGCAUGCGCACUCCCGAACACCGGACAAUUAUCCAACUUCCGGACUAGUCGACAACUAUUGCAGGAACCCUGACAAUGACACGCGUCCUUGGUGCUACACUAUAGACCCGACUGCUCGAGUGGAAUACUGUCCCCUGGGAAGUUGCGUGUGGACGGAAGAUGUCAUCGGUUCAGAGAGCAAAGUUUACCCUAAACAUUGCUACUUCGGUGACGGCGCCACCUACCGGGGUACGGUCAGCAUGACAAGCGGCGGUCUGACCUGCCAGCGGUGGGACAGUCAGUCUCCCCACCCACACGACCAGACCAUCAGGCAUCCUGACGCCGGAUUGGACGAGAACUACUGUAGGAACCCGGAUGGAGAACCCAGGACUUGGUGCUAUACCACAGACCCUAACGUCAGAUGGCAGUACUGCACCGUACCACAAUGUUUUAGUGACUGUUAUAAUGACGCUGGCGCAUCCUACCGUGGAACGGUGAACAUCACGUCCUCUGGCCGGGCCUGUCAGCGCUGGGACAGCCAGACGCCCCACCCUCACACACGGACUCCUACAGCCUACCCGUCCGCCGGACUGGACCAGAACUUCUGUAGGAACCCUGACGGGGAGGCGGAACCUUGGUGCUAUACCCAGGACCCGUACGUCAGAUGGGAGGCGUGUGUCAUCAGUAACUGUGACGGCACAGUUCCUCCUCCUUCUCACAGAUAUAAAGUAUUUCCCGAGAACUGUUAUUUUGGUGACGGGGCUACAUACCGAGGAAAGGUGUCGGUAAGCAAGGACGGCAUCCCGUGUCAGCGGUGGGACAGUCAGACACCUCAUCAACACGACAUCCCUUCUAGGUUCCCCAACACGGAGUUGAACGAGAACUACUGCCGGAACCCAGACGGGUGGGACCGUCCUUGGUGCUACACAACCGACCCCAACAUCAGGUGGCAGGUCUGCGACAUCCCGGGCUGCUUCCCCGGUGAAUGCUAUGACGAUAACGGAGUAUCGUACAGAGGUAAGGUGAACGUGACGUCAUCAGGGCGAGCGUGUCAGCGGUGGGACUCCCAAAUUCCGCACCAGCAUUUCAACACCGACAGCUUCCCUCAGGCCGGGCUGCAGGACAACUACUGCAGGAAUCCAAAUGGGGACGUCAAGCCGUGGUGCUACACAAUAGAUCCACUGACCAGGAUCGAAUUCUGUGUGGUACCAAAUUGCGCUAACUACACAGGCCCACAGCCACAAAAAGGAGGCAGGAACACCGGAGGUAUCGUGGCUGGGGCGGUCGUCGCCAUCUUGGUUCUUGUGGCAGCUGUUCUGGGCGUGGCCUACUACUUCCUGUUCUACCGGAAACGGAUGGAUGAUGGGAAGGGUCUCGUGGUCAAUGAGAGUCCAGUUGCUGCCGGUAGCGUUGGUUUCCAAGACAUCUUAGCUCGAGAUGAUAAAACUGAUACAGAAGGACCGAACGUCUUCAGUAAUCCGAAUUACGACAUGACAGAACAAACUACUGCGUGAUUGCAAUAUCUAAGGCCACAGCAAGUGAAUUUUUACUUUUAAUUUAAGGACGACAUCCUCCGCAGACUCCAAAUCUAAUCUAGGGCGAAAGAAAAAAAAUAAGGCGGGCCAAAAGAACAAGAUUCCCACAUAUUCGAAUUUUGAGAUCAUAAACCUUGUUAAACAGAAAAUGAUGUUUAUGUUUUGAUGAAUAAAAAAAACAGAAAAUGAUAGCUAUAUUGUGCUAGGUUUACUGCCAACAAUUACCACAUCCAUUGUCACUGAAAAAUAAAAGUACAACUCAUUGUACAAAUUUUACAAAUUGUUUUGAUUCAGUGAAAU